AUGUCACAGGAGAACACCACCGCUAUUCGUGCUUUAGGCGAUACUAAAUUAUUCCAACCGAUUAAAGUUGGCGAGAAUGUAAUAAACCAAAGAAUUGCAUAUGUCCCAACAACUAGAAGAAGAGCAACUAAGGACAAUAUUCCUACUGAUUUGCAAUUAGAAUAUUACAAAGCUAGAGCGCAAGCACCGGGAACUUUGCUCAUCACUGAAGCUACUUUUGCUUCACUCGAAGGAACCGGUUUUGCUAAUGUUCCCGGUAUUUUUAACGAGAAACAAGUCGCCGCUUGGAAAAAGAUCACUGAUACUAUAAGAGCUGCGAAAUCAUAUUCUUGUGUUCAGUUAUGGCAUUUGGGAAGAACUGCAGAUCCUCAGGAGUUGAAAGAAAGGGGGUUACCUUUUGCUGCUCCUUCUGCUGAGUAUUUUUCAAAGGAGUCGGAAGAACAGGCCAAGAAGGCAGGCAAUGAGUUACGAGCAUACACCCAAGAGGAGAUUGAGGAUCUAAUUGAAAGACAAUACCCUCAAGCCGCUAAGAACGCAAUAGCAGCUGGCUUUGAUUAUGUGGAAUUACACUCGGCACACGGAUACACUUUGGACCAGUUUUUGAACCCAGUGAGUAACAAAAGAACCGACAAGUAUGGUGGUUCCGUGGAAAACAGAGCAAGAGUGCUUUUGGCCAUUAUUGAUAAACUCAUCCCCAUCGUUGGUGCAAGCCGUUUAGCUUUGAGAUUAUCACCAUGGGCAACUUUUCAAGUAAGUGCACCCGAUGGAGCAGAAAUUCACACAUACAUUCUUCAGCAACUUCAAGAGAGAGCAGACAAAGGUCAUGAAUUGGCAUAUGUUUCACUUGUAGAGCCUAGAGUGUCGGGUAUUAUUGAUGUUGCAGAAAAGGACCAGCAAGGACAGAGUAACGAAUUUGCUUUGCAGGUUUGGAAGGGGAACUUCAUUCGUGCGGGAAAUUACACCUAUGACGCGCCAGAGUUCAAGACAAUCUUGCAUGAUUUAGAUAAUGAUCGCACCUUAAUUGGAUUUUCUAGAUUUUUUACAUCGAAUCCUGAUUUGGUUUACAAGUUGAAGAAUGGUAUUCCAUUGACCAAGUAUGAUAGAUCUACAUUCUACACUCACGAUAAUUGGGGGUACAAUACUUGGAACGGACAUGAAAAUCCAAAUAAACAGUAUAACGAAGAGGAGGAAAAGAAGGUUAUUGGUAAACCAUUGGCCUAA